GUUUCUCCCUCAACUCCAUAUGCUUAUGCCAUUGCAUCAACAUCCCACAUCUUUACCAACUCCUGUUAUUUGCCCCAGCACCCCACAUCAUCCACUUUCACUGGAAAGCCCCAUGCUCAUAUACCCUCUGCAUUUGCUGGCACUCAGUUACCCUCAGCAGCCCACCUUUUUAUCAUCCCCAACACAUCAUCUUCAGCACUUCACACAUUCACUUGCGUUUGCAUCUGGAAAUGAGAAAUGCACAAUUAUUGGCUACCUCUAAAAGUGUAGUUUAAGCAACUAUCAAGAAACUAUCAGUUUCACACUGGCAGAGAGAGACAGGGACAGAAACUCAUUCUCCAGGGCAGCAUGAAGCUGCAUCAGCUGGAAGACUGUCUUCUUUCUUCCUGCCAUCCCCUGCCUCUUUCACUGCACACCUCCCAGCUUCUAUAAUGAAUGCAGUAGGGGUCCUGCAGAUAACAGACUUCUUUAUUGCCCUGCAUGGAUUGUUUCCCAGAGCACAUCCCUUCUGUUUGCAGAAUGAUGCAGGAGUCCUAUAGAAUAAAAAGAUGAUCAAAAAUAUUUUGCUCAAGCAGCUUUAGUUCUGGCAUUUGCCUGAUCUUGCAACCUUAAUAACAUUCUCCUAACAUAGUUCUUGUGUUGGUAAUAUAAUAUACUGGGAGGAGGAACCCCCAACACACCUAUAGGUUGGGGGUGUCCUUCUCAUCAGCUCGGAGGCAGAGAGGGAUCUUGAAGUCAUAAUUGACUCCAAGAUGAACAUGAGCCAGCAGUGUAACGAGGCCAUCAGCAAGGCCAAUCGCACCUUGUCGUGCAUUAGCAGGUGCAUGACUAAUAGAACAAAGGAGGUGAUGCUCCCCCUCUAUGCGGCACUGGUCAGGCUGCAGUUAGAGUACUGUGUCCAGUUUUGGGUGCCACACUUCAAGAGGGGAAUCUCGAGAGGGUCCAGAGGAGGGCCACUCGCAUGAUUAGUGGCCUUCGUGAUAGACCCUACGGGGGGAGGUUGAGAAAGCUGAAUCUCUACAGCCUUCACAAGAGACGGCUGAGGGGAGAUCUUGUGGCCACCUAUAAAUUUAUUAGGGGGGGUCAACGGGGAAUAGGGGAUGUGCUGUUUACUAAGGCACCCCAGGGAGUGACUAGGAAUAAUGGGUGUAAACUAGUUGAGAGUGGAUUUAGGUUAGAUAUUAGGAAGAAACUUUUCACAGUAAGGGUGGCCAGGAUCUGGAAUGGGCUUCCAAGAGAGGUGGUGCUAUCACCUAGCUUGGAGGACUUCAAGAGGAGGCUAGAUAGUCACCUGGCUGGGGUCAUCUGACCUCGGUCCUCUUUCCUGCCAGGGACAGGGAAUCAGACACGAUAAUCCAUUGUGGUCCCUUCCGACUCUACAAUCUCUCUCUCUCUCUCUCUCUAUAUAUAUAUAUGAGUUAAGCAAUAUCUAAGGUGUGGAGAGUUUGGUAAGGAUGUUAUAUAGGGAGUUAGCUAACAGCCUGCAUGUAUAUGGGUUGUAAACACCAAAGGAACAGAAUUAUUUAGGAUGGCACAAGGCAGCAGAUCAGGGUGAAGCUCUCUCAAUGGGAAGGCCCAAAGCCCGCAGUAGAGUUGGUGUCACUGAGCAUACACUACAGUAGGGUAUGUCCCUGCCCUGGCACAGGGAUGGGUUGGGUUUCCUGAUAGGGUUUUUUCUUCUCUAAUUUUGAUUGCUCUUUUAUCAGGGUCUGUUGAAUCUCUUGUUUUGUUUUGUUUUGUUUUGUUUUGUUUUGUUUUGUUUUGUUUUGGGUAUUAGUUAAAUGCUACCAUGACAAGUCCAGUUUGCAAGGGAGCUCCUAUGGCUCUGGCACAAAAAUAUUGCAAUAUGUGUGCACACACCCAAGUUUUCAUUCAUUUUUCAAAAAUGGCUCUUGAUCUGCUUGAGCCCUUUAUGGCAUGAUAUUUAGCCAGGGAGUAGCUGAUGAUUCUUCUAGUUGUAAUGAGUGGAGAGACCUGCCAGGCUGGGACUGGUUUUACUGAUUACGUCCAUAUGGGUGUGUCAGUGGUUACUCUUUUAAGCUUUGCAUAUCAGUGGGAUUGCACAGAUAAAUCCAAGUGUAGCGGAGCUGAAACUGUAGCAAUUUACGCAGAGAAGAAGAAAUGGCACAAAGCUCUCUCCCACCACCUGCCACCCAACCAGAACCUGUCAUACCCUCCGGAUCAGCUGUGUUUAAAACAAUACCAUAUGCUUUUAUCCUACCAGAGCUAGUGUUUGGAACCUGGGUCUGGAUCCUAGUUGCUGCCACCUCAGUACAUUUUCCAUUGCUGCAGGGAUGGGUUAUGUAUGUGUCAGUAAGUUCAUUUAUCAUCUCCCUGGCACUCCUGCUGGUUUACCUGUUUGGAUUUCACAGAAACAAUGAAAAUUGGAGAAUCAUGGAUAGUCUUUACCAUGGGACCACCGGGAUUUUAUACAUGAGUGCUGCAGCUCUACAAGCAAAUGCAACAAUCCGCUCUGAAACUGAAGUGCCAGCAGCCUAUACACCUCAGUACUAUCAGAUCAAUGCUGCUGCCUCGUUCUUUGCCUUUAUCACGGCUCUACUAUAUAUUUUGCAUGCCUUCAGCAUUUACUACCAAUGAAGAUUGAUGGAAAGGAUAGAAGAUAGGUGUCAAAGAAACAGAGUAGCAACUUCUGGAAUUGUAUCUUUAAAACAAUGGCUUAUCUUGAUGAAGAACAGAGUUUGAAUGUAAAUGGCUCUCUGAGCCUGCCAUUGUUUUCUUUUAAGUUGAAAUAGUGUUUGUUUUGUAAGCCUGUACUGAAGUCCUCCUUUUUAUACAGCGUUGUGUGUUUUUGUCAGACAAUAGCAUAAUUUAGGAAAAGCUAAUUUCAAAUAUCUCUACCCAGAAUAUGACAGUUGCUCUUCCCAAUGUACCUGCUCUGGAGCCCACUGUCAUUUCCAAAGAUUUUCAGUCUUGUAUAGUCAUGGUGGAGAAUACAGGAAAUACCUUAUUGGAUAAUACAAAGCUCCCUUUAUUUUCUUAUGACACCUCUUCUGGCAUGGGUGGUUGUUUUAAUUUAGCUUCUCUCCUAAUCUGGGAUGAUUGUAACUGUAAUACUUCCCAGCUCCUCCAGCUUGGGUAGGCAAAUACUAGUCCACCAGGUGCUUAGCUGAACCCUUUUCCCACUCCUGCUCCCCCUGGAACAAUUUUGCUCUUGUGCAAAAAGCCACUGCAAGGUGCACAGAAGCCCUUGGGCUGAAGGUUCCAUAGACUCCCAUGGAGCAGGAUUUCACUCUCUGAGAUUCCCAGUCUUGCUUUAGGAAGGACAGCCUCUAGUUUUCCACACAGAGGUCUGGCCUAAUGUCACUUUUUAGCAACUUUCCCAGCCUGGAACCCACAGGGCCUUGAGAAAUAAGGAGAAGCAGAGGCAAAUACCAUUGCAUUUUCCACCCUGGCUGUGGCAGUGAGGCUGUGUUAAUUCAGGUUGGGAAGUUUCAGUGAGACACCCAAACAACAACUCUGUAAAGCGUGUGCAGAUAUGAAGGGUGGUUGUUAAUAAUAAAAGGUCUCACACACAGGUGUUUCUGUCACCUGUACAUGCCCCAUGCUGGCAUGCGAAGGCCGGAUUAUGCGCCAGAUUUUGGGUCCUCAGGGUGCCAGUCGCCCUGGGAACCCCUCAGUCAGACUACUAACUGAGGUGUCCCAUGGAGAGGUGUGUCCCUCACCCUCGCCAUCCAGAAAUUUUGCUCUGAACCUGAUGAACAUGUUAUUCUUUAUUAUACACAACCAAUUUAUAAAUAAAAAUAUAAUGACAGUAGUAAGAACAAAACUAACAAUUUAGAUAAAAUUUACCACUACAAAGUUAGGUGGAUAACCCCAGCACACUGGAUGGUCCCACUUGUGUUAAACAACCUAAAUAACUAAAUUAACCUCAUUAUAACCUUUUAAAGCAGUUUCCCUCAUAACUCAAUUGAUUUCCUUCUGGUCACUAUCUACUUCCUAUAACGCUAAAUAGCAACACAGCUAUAACUAUGAUCCACCACUAGAUAGGUGGUGGAGGCAAGGCUUCUGCUGCUCGGGGGAAAAUGGGCUCUUUUAAUCAUUCUUGGUAACACAGCAAAACAGGCUCUGAACAGCUGCUGCAGGCAAUAGGCUCCGCUUGUUUCCUUUACUGGCAGGUUGUUCUCUAAAGCAGUUUCCUUCUGAAAAUACACUUACUGCAAACACUAGUGAUUAGGUGUCCCCUCACACAUCCAUGCUGGUUUGUUUUCUCUCAGCCCACCCCCUCUCGGGGCUGUCUUCCCCCUCCCAGUACAUCUACCUGCAGACAGGGGUUUCCCUCUGCAGGUCUCUGACCCUGUGGCUUGAGCCUUCCCAGAUUGGAUUUCACUCCAAUGUCUCAGUCGGACACAACUCAUAGCUUGGUCAUUAACCCUUUAAGGGCUUGACUGAUUCUCCCAACCCCAGCAAGCCUACCAGCCUUGCUUAUCAACACCUCCUCACUCUUUCCCUGGCACCUGUGUCCCUGGUUGCACAGCUCUGAACCCAGUGGGGAAUCAUCUUCUCACGGGACACCACAGGCUCUUCCCCAUCCUGAUGCCUGCUCCCUGGGCAAGUUUCAAAUUGGUCCCCACCAGCUUGGGCUGAGUCUGUGCCCCCUCUCCUCAAGGCUAGAGUUGGCUCCUUCCACCUUCUCCUUCUCUUUUCUGUCCCUCAGGUUUUAUGGCUCAGUAGCAGCCAAUUGAAGCCCCCAGGUUGCAAUGCAGUCACAAUUUAAAUACUCUGGUCACAAUUUAAACACUCCAAUAAGAAGUAUGCAUUGUGCACUGCAUACCCUCCUGUCUGGUAAAGCUUAUGCACCCUCUGCAAAGUUUUGUCACCCUUUUGUUGCAGAGCUCUUAAGCACAGCUCACCCAUUCAGCUUGCAACCAGGUGAGCUUUGCAGCUGUUACAUGUAGGAGUGUGUGUGUCACUGCUGUGGGGCAGGAAACUGAGAAGUGCCCUGGCACAUCCUGUUCCAUAGGUCCUGUGUGGCUGCGGCAAUCACACUGUGCACUCUGUUUCUGCUCCUCAGGGAGACACCAGGCCAUGUCCCCUCUGCCUCAGGCCCACACCCAGGAGCAAUGCAGGGACUCAUGCCAAGCUGUGCCAUACAUGCUGCCUCCCAGUACAGGGGUAACAGUCGCUGCUGUGGUGCCUUGCGGGUCUCAGCACAACAUCCUGACACAGGGAAAUGGGAGGUGGAGCUCAGGGAGGCAGAGGAUGAGAUAGCUUCAGGCAUUGACAUCUUCCUUGGUAUUUGAUGGACAGCUCCCAGACCAUCCCAUUUACCUUGGCUGUGAUCAAUAAAGAAAUUCUUUACCUGUUUCAUUGCCACCUAAAACUGUGCCUUGUAUGUAGACAUAGGUGACCAUGGGGCUCCCAGAAUGACGUGGGUUGGAUGCCAGGGAGACCACUCACAGAAACUUCUGUGGGUGUAAGCUGGGGAGUGUGGGGCAUCAUUAGCGCUGGAUUGCUACUUGUAUGACACCCUAAAUUUGAAUGGAACACUUGCAGAUUGGUUGUGUGGUCUGGGAAGCCAGAAAGUAGGCUACUAGGCAAAGCACAUUUUUGUAGUCUUUGGAAAAUGAACAGAGCUGGGUUCAAUAGGGAAUGUACACUUUUCCUUCUUUUCAAGUAAAUAGUGCCGCACACUUUGAAAAACUCCUUGGGGGAACCUCUUUUCAGUGAAAGUUACACAACCCAUAGCAAAAGAGUUAAACCAAUAGUAAGAAAUGUAAUAAAAGGUAGGAAGAAAAAUUACCCCUAAAUUGCCUGUUUCCUUCAUCCCUCCCCCCUCACCCAUUCAAAUGUCAUCUUACAGAGACAUGACAGAUAGAAAGGUACUCUGAGCUCAUAACUGCAGGUGAGAGCAGAUAAGGCAGCAUUGCCUCCCACCCCGACCACCACAGGAAAACCAAAAAAACCCCAUCACCCCCUUUUCCCAUAUAUGCACACAUAAUGAACCUCAAGAAAGGUACAUGCAUUGACUACAUAGUAAUAAAAGGUAAUAAGAAUUAAGAAAACC